UAGUGUAGUGGACGCCCUGGAAGACGUGAGUGCUUCCGUGUGAUGAAGAAGGUGACAAGAUGUUGUAAACACUGGCGCUUAUGUGGCCAACACACACAGAUAAACCGCAGAGUAUGCAGGAGUCCAGAAGAUGGCUGGGUACUGGAGAUGACCAGGAUGGCUACGAUGGCAGACAGUCAGGAAGGAUCCACACGAGAGAGUGAGCUACUCGUCAACUCGUCAAGGCAACAUAGAAUCCCACAGAAGUGAUUCCUCCGCAUAUACAACGCACGUUACAUACCAACCGGCACAUAACAGAUCUACGAUGAUCUACGACGUACAAGUGCAGUGCUACUGAACAUUGACUCAUAAUGGCUAUGUGCUAACAUU